UAUAUAUUCUUCAACUUGGUGCAACUUCAUUUCAUCUAAACAUCCCCCAUCCUUUCCUUCGGUAGAGAGAGAGCGAGAGAGAGAGGAAAGGAGGGAGGGAGAUGGAGCUGACUCAACAUGGUUUCUUGGAGGAGUUGCUGGCAACAAGAAGAGAUACUUCUUGGAACGCUUAUCCUAAUGGAGUGAACGAGUUCUUCCCUAGUGGGUGGAAUUUUGAUCCUUUGGAAGAGAACCCUGUCUUGGCUACUCUAAAUCCUCCCUUUUUAGGAUUCUCCGCACCGACAGGACCCAGCUUUGAUUGCCCUUUCAGUGACCAAGCCUACCCUUUUCUUGAUGGAUUUACAGAGAUUGAAACAUCAUACCCCAAGAAUGAGAAACCACCAUUUCCAUCCCAGGAAGCUGAUUACCCAUCGAUGGUUGAGGAUGAGGAACUUGGUUUUCUGGGCAGUGAAAAUCACUGUAUGGAAGAGCACAAUAAUGGCUGCAAAGUUGAGAUGGAACAGGCUGCUGAUAUUCAAGCUUUCAACAUGGGUUUAUUUGGAGAGAGAAAGGGUAAGGCCAAGAGAUUGGAAGGGCAGCCCUCGAAGAAUCUAAUGGCAGAAAGAAGACGAAGGAAGCGCUUAAAUGACCGCCUAUCCAUGCUCAGAUCAAUCGUCCCUAAGAUAAGCAAGAUGGAUAGAACAUCUAUACUUGGAGACACCAUAGAUUAUAUGAAAGAGCUUCUGGAAAGAAUCAAUAAGUUGAAAGAAGAAAACGUGGAAGAAGAUGAAAAUCAGGCUAGCUUAAUGGGCUCCAACUCCAUGGAGCUAAAGCCGAACGAAGUAGUGGUGAGAAAUUCCCCAAAGUUUAAUGUGGAGAGGAGGGACAUAGAUACUCAGAUCGAUAUUUUGUGCGCAGCUAAGCCAGGAUUGUUGCUAUCAACAGUGAAUACGCUAGAAGCACUGGGCCUUGAGAUUCAACAGUGUGUUAUAAGCUGCUUCAAUGAUUUUUCAAUGCAUGCUUCUUGUUCAGAGGGAACUCAGCAGGGAGAAUUAAUAAGUUCAGAAGAAAUAAAGCAAGCAUUAUUUAGAAAUGCGGGUUAUGGAGGAAGAUGUUUGUAGAAGAAACAGAUGGGGAAAAACAAAACAAUGUUGGGUACUUGACAAAGCUGGUGGAAGAUUAGACUAAUUAUAAAGUUCAUGUUCUUCUUCCUGGAAUUUCACAUGAGACUAGAGAGAAUAGUUGUAAUGAUAUUGUGAAUUUCACAUCAGGUUCAUCGA